UUGAGCAGUUCAGCCAAAGAAAGCCCUUGAGUUAGAGACGCUGAAGAGAUGACUGAGGCACAGGAAGGAGUGAAACAAAAGAAUCCAUGGCACAGGCCGGUAAUCCUCCUCAUUGCUUUCCUGAUGGUUAUUGGAAUAGUCGCAUUAGUGGCUAUAGCUGUAGUACAGAACAAGCAACUUCCACAAAAACUGAAGUAUGGCAUCGUUCUGGAUGCUGGUUCCUCUCAUACCGCUUUGUACAUCUACCAGUGGCCUGCUGAGAAGCAGAAUGACACUGGCAAGGUUCAGCAACUGGAAGCCUGUAAAGUGGAAGGUCCAGGAAUUUCCAGUUAUUCUAAGGAAGUUACAAAGGCUGGCCUCGCUCUGAAUCAGUGCCUAGAUAAGGCAAAAGAGAUCAUUCCAGAACACCAGCACACUGAAACACCUUUGUAUCUGGGUGCUACUGCUGGCAUGCGCCUUCUGAGGUUACAAGAUGAACAACAAUCUCAGAGGCUUCUAAACUCUGUGGAAAAAUUCAUUAGAUUAUAUCCAUUUAAUUUCCAAGGAGCACGGAUUAUAAGAGGACAGGAGGAGGGCGGGUAUGGCUGGAUUACCAUCAACUAUUUGUUGGGCAACUUCCUGAAGGAUAGUGGCUGGAUUACACAGUUAUCUGGGGGAAAAGACACUGAAACAUUUGGGGCAUUGGACCUCGGUGGUGCUUCCACACAGAUUACAUUUGUUCCUGAAGGAGAUGUUGAACCUGAAGAAAGUACUUUGUAUUUCCGUCUGUAUGGGACGAGCUACACUGUUUACACACACAGUUUCCUGUGCUAUGGAAAAGAUCAAGCCCUUAAACUACUACUAGCACAACGAAAAGAGUCAGUAAGUGGAACUAUUACUAGCCCAUGUUUCAACAAAGAAUACACUAGAAACCUCAAUGUGACUGCCUUCUAUAAUACCCCAUGCAUACUUGGAUUGCCCAACACAACACAAGACAUAAUCAAAGUCAUUGGAGAAGGGAACGCAGAAGAAUGCAGAAAACAUGUCCGAGCCCUCUUCAGUUCCACUGACUAUACUCUGACAAGCUGCCCAUUCAAUUGUGUUUACCAGCCUCAAGUGCAAGGAGAAUUUGUAGCAUUUUCUGCUUUUUAUUUUGUGAUGAAUUUUUUAAACCUGACAGGCAAAGAGCCUCUGAAACAGAUGAAAGAUACAAUAGAUAAUUUCUGCGCGAGAUCAUGGAAUGAGGUUAAAGAUAACUUCCCAAAGACUCGUGUGAAAUACCUGAGUGAAUAUUGUUUUUCUGCAAACUACAUUUUGAUACUUUUGACUGAAGGAUACAAUUUUACCUCCGACAAUUUGAACAAAAUUCAAUUUAUGAGAAAGAUUAAAGGAAAUGAUGCUGGCUGGACACUUGGUUACAUGUUGAAUCUAACAAACAUGAUCCCUGCCGAGCUUCCUUCCCCUCGUUCCCUAACACACACUUCAUAUGUAACACUCAUGGUCAUCUUCUCUCUCUUUCUUUUGAUUCUGCUACUACUUACAUUGUUGAACUCCAGGGGAUUACUCUGCAGAGCACAGAAGGGAAUUUAAUGUUCAGACCAAGAUUUUUAACAGUAUUCUAAUGCACACAGUAGAAUAGAUUUGGCAUAAAAAUUGUAACAUAGAACAUACGAGUCAUAGCAUAUACAUGUCCUCCUGCAUUGGUCAGAAGAUAUUCGAGCAUUGUUUGCGCAGAUGGUAUCAUUACUCCAAUUUCGCCAGGACCAAUUGUUCUCAGUAUCUCAGCAACAACAACAAACAACUUGCAUUUAUAUAGCGCCUUUCAUGAACUCCUCGGAGUGCUUAAGACUGGCAUAAUUUGAUGCCAAAGUUGUGAAGAAAGAGGAAGUGACCAUAGGCAUGUUUGAAGAGGAAGUCUUCAGGUGUGAUUUGAAAAUAGGCAAAGAGGGGGAAAGGCUGAGGGAUUGAGGCGGAGAAUUCCAAGGGCUCAGGGGAUAAUGGCUGAAAAUUCGGCCAACAAUAGUGAAGCGGAUGGGGUUGAGAGGCACACAGAAGGUCCAAGGUGGUGGAGUGAAGGGCCAGGUAGAUGAAAGGGGUGUGAGCAGGGAGGUGCUAGGGCAUGAAGUGAGGUCUUAUCUGCCUGUUCAGAUGAUUAAAAAUAUCUGAUAAAAGAGAAUUUCCCCUAGUGUUGUGAUCCACAAACUUUAGAUUUUUAAAAACGCGGUGGAUGGGUAUUUGAG